AUGAUCAAUAUCAAAAAAUUGAUUAAAAAACGUAUAAUAUCAGCGAACCCCGAUUUGGUUCUUGAUGCACCAAGAAUGAUUAAUGACUAUUAUUUAAAUUUAUUGGAUUGGAGUAAUAAAAAUAUGGUAGCAGUUGGAUUGGAUAAAAAUGUUUAUCGGGUAAAGGCAUUUGCUAAUACUAGAAGUGGUACUAGAAUUAUUAAUAAUAAGAUUUCUAGUCUUUCUUGGUCUGAAGAUGGUGAUCAUCUUGCCGUGGGAUUGAAUGACGGAAUACUCAAAUAUGGGAUAUUUUUGAGUGGUCAUACUACUUGUGUAGUUGUUAUAGCAUGGAAUAAACAAAUUAUUGCUUCAGGAUCUAGGGAUGGAAGCAUGAUUGAAGUUUGUGGUUUGAAAUGGAGAAGUGAUGGUGAACAAUUGGCUAGUGGAGGUAAUAAUGACAACAAAGUUAAUAUUUGGGAUGCAAAAUCAAGCAUUCCAAAAUUUACUAAAACCGAUCAUAAAGCUGCUGCUAUUGCAUGGUGCCCUUGGCAAAGAAUUUUGCUUGCAACAGGUGAAGGAGCAGCAGACCAACAAAUCUAUUUCUUGAAUACAGAUGCAUCAGUACAACUGAAAUCGAUUAAUACUCAAUCACAAGUUACAUCAAUUGUUUGGUCAAAUCACUACAAGGAAGUAUUAUCAAUUCAUGAGUAUCCAAAUUUUCAAUUUACAAUCUGGAAAUAUCCUUCACUAAAGAAAAUUAUCGAUGUUAAGGAUGCACAUGAGAAUCGUAUUUUACAAUCAGCUUUGAGUCCUGAAGGAGAAAUUGUAGCAACUGUGGCAGAAAUUAAUUAUUGCUGA